CAAAUUCGUAUCGUUUCGCGAGUAAAGUUGACACGAAAAUUUUUAUGUAUUUUUGUUAUUGUUUCAAGGACAACUGGGCGAUUUAAAAGAGUGGCUUACUCCGUUGACCGGCCGUAAGAAAAUUCAAUAGUAUCAACAAUGCAAAGUUGUGAAUGAAUAAUUUUUCGUAAUUUUGUUUUGUUAUCGUCAAGUUAAUUGGAAUCAUGUGGGCGUCGUGGAAAUCAGCAUUCGCUGCGACUCCGUUCGUCGCUAAAUCGCUGCUAAAUGCCACUCCUAACCUUCUUCCACAGCAAACUCGGACAACAAUUAUCUUGAAAAGGGUAUAUCCAAUACGUUUACAUAAAAAAGGAUCUGGAGGGAGAAGAUUGGAAAAAAAAGAUUUCAUAUACAAAAGGGUUGAUGGAGACAAAAAAAAGCAAGCACCUUUGAGUAUUAUAUUGACUCAAUAUGUUGAAGGUGUUGGAGAGAAAGGAGACAAAGUGAAUAUGAAGAGACAAAAAGCCUAUACACACUUCUUAUUACCUGGAUUGGCUGUUUAUGCUUCUCCGGAAAAUAUGAAAAAAUAUUACAUUGAACAAGAUGAUGAAAAAACCAAUAGCUCAUUGUAUGCUCCCAAUGCGGUAAAAGUAUUGUCUAGAUGUUGUUUGAUUGUGAAUCUGUCUGUAGAUAAUCCAUGGACAAUUGAAAAAUGGCAUAUUAGAGCUAAUUUUAGAAAAAUGAAUGUAUUUGUCACUGACGAUGCCAUUACAUUACCAGAGAAACCUAUUUCUGGUCCAAAUUUAGAUUAUGAAGGAAAAGAAUUUUACAUAACUCUAACGAUAAACAAAACUGAAACUGUAAAGGUCAGAUGCAAAAUUCAUCAUGAUACAUUUAUAUAUUCAAAAGAACUUCCACUUGUGCCUGAAUAUUGGAAAAUACCAGGAAAAGCUAUAUUCGAAGAAGAUCAAGAAAUAUUAGAUUCGCUACCUAGACCCAAGUGGGAAGACACAAUGACUGUUAAAGAUUAAAUUUGUUAAUAUUUUGUUAGGUUAAUAAAGGAGAAAAUUAAUAUAAAAAAUUGUUAUAAAUCAUUCUGUUAAAUCAACUGAAAAUGAAACUUCACUUUUUAUGCUUGAUAUUUUAAAGAAAUUGAUAUAUACCUAUGAUAAGAUUCAAAGUAGCAUACA